AUGCCUCCCAGAAGACAAGCAGGCAGGCCAGGAAGGUACGCGCAAGCACCAGAACAUGUACCCCAGAGAAACCAAGCUGGGGGAGCAGGAGCUCAACCACCACCUCCUCCACCACCGCCUCCUGUAGUACCAGAGAGGCGAGUGGAAGAAAUAUUCCUCAAACAGAACCCACCUGUGUUCAAUGGUGUGGGAAAUCCAGCUACGGCAGAGACCUGGGUGCGUGCGAUUGAGCGCAUCUUUGAUUUUCUUCAGUGCACUGACAGAGAGCGACUCUCAUGUGUGAAGUUUCAGUUGGUUGAGUCCGCCGACUUCUGGUGGGAAGCCAGGCGAAAGGUUAUGACUCGUGAACAGUUGGAACACCUGACCUGGGAGGAGUUUAAGAAUGAACUGUACGGCAAGUACGUCCCCAAGAGCUACCGCAAGGCCAAAGAGGUGGAGUUUUACAGUUUGAAACAGGGAAAAAUGUCAGUGAUCGAGUACGAUAGAUUGUUCUGUGACAUGUCACGCUAUGCGCCCGGACUAGUAGACACGGACGAGAAAAUGGCCGAAAAGUUCUGUACUGGCCUGAGAUCGGAAAUAAGAAUGGCUCUGGCCAGUCAUGGAGGUCUGUCUUAUGCCGAGUCAUUGGGCCGGGCCCUGGACAUUGAGGCAGCUAUGCCCAAAGAGAGGCCGACGACACAUGUCACCACUGCUCCACCGCCGCCACAGCAGCAGUUCCCUCGAGAAAAGAGGAAGUGGGAAGGAGACCGAGUCCCGACUGAGGCUAAGAAACCACAGUUUGCCCCUAAGCCACAGCAGAACCAUUGGUACCAAACAGCCCCGACUACAACUGUAGAGCGCCGAGCCCAGGCACCUCAAUGUGCGAGAUGCUCGAAGAGACAUGACGGCGAGUGUAAGGUCGGGACUGAUGGGUGUUUCCACUGCGGGCAGAAGGGAUAUUUUGCCAGAAACUGCCCGAGCAAGGCGACUGGAAUGGGAGGACAGCGUCCGCAACUGCGGGCACUCCAGGUUGAACCAAGGAGAGAGAAUGCGAUGCUCCCUGCACCACGUCCUCAACGACAGCUACGCCCGAGACUUCCCCCACAGGCAAGAGCCUUCGCACUGCAGCAGAAGCAGGCCAAGGCCGAGGGAGGGAAACGGGAGCAAGGCAAUUUGGCAGAUGUGAUGGAACAUAGUAUGAGGGUGUCCUCACCCGUAGGAGGCCUUAUAGAUAUCUCACGAACGUGCUCAAACAUAAAAUUUUCCAUGGGAAACCUGAACCUAGUAGCUCAUAACUUACAUGUGAUGUUGAUGUGGAGCGUCGACAUUAUACUAGGAAUAGAUUGGUUAGCCGAGAACUAUGCCACCAUCCGUUGUAAGGAGAGACAGAUAGCACUACAAUACCCCGGGACAGAACCCGUAAUCUUUCAUGGGAUCUCCAUGAGGAAAAGCAAGUCGAUUAUUUCUGCCCUACAAGCAACAACCAUGAUGAGGAAAGGAUGCCCUGCAUACCUCGUCUUUUUGAACGAAGAAGAGAGAAAGGACAAGAAAAUUGAGGACGUGGCAAUAGUACGAGAAUAUCCUGAUGUAUUCCCAGAGAAACUACCAGGCUUGCCACCGAACAGGCAAUUGGAGUUCAGCAUCGAUCUGGAACCAGGAUCAGCUCCAAUAUCGAAGGCGCCUUACAGAAUGGCACCAAGGGAGUUAGAGGAACUCAAAAUGCAAUUACAGGAACUACUAGACCUGGGCUUCAUUCGACCCAGUGUGUCGCCGUGGGGCGCACCACGAGAGCUGAACAAAAUAACCCUCAAGAACAAGUACCCUUUACCGAGAAUCGAUGACCUCUUCGAUCAGCUGCAAGGAGCUGGAGUGUUCUCGAAGAUGGAUUUGAGAUCGGGUUAUCACCAGUUGAGAGUUCGACAAGACGAUAUACCAAAGACUGCGUUCCGCACCAGAUAUGGCCAUUAUGAGUUCACGGUAAUGCCUUUUGGGCUUACCAAUGCUCCAGCUGUGUUCAUGGACCUAAUGAACCGCGUGUUCCACCCGUACCUGGACAAGUUCGUUCUGGUCUUCAUAGAUGAUGUGCUCAUCUACUCGAAGAACGAAAAGGAACACGAAGAACAUUUGAGGGCCACCUUGGAAACGAUAAGAGCCGAGAAACUCUAUGCUAAGUUCAGCAAGUUGACAGCAGAAGGGAUCCGAGUAGACCCCGCUAAGGUUGAGGCCGUGCAACGUUGGCAGUCACCAGCGACGCCCAAUGAAAUUCGAAGUUUCCUAGGUCUGGCAGGAUACUAUCGAAGAUUCAUUGAGGGGUUUUCUAAAAUAGCGAGGCCGAUGACUCAACAGCUCAAGAAAGGAGUUAAAGUCAAUUGGACCCCAGAAUGUGAAGCAAGUUUCCAGUUGCUAAAGAAAAAGUUGACCACAGCGCCAGUUUUAGUUGUGCCAGAAGCGGGAGUCGACUAUGUGGUGUGA